CCAUGGCUCCCUCGCCACUGCCGCCGUCGCUGCUGCUGCUGCUGCUGCUGCUGGGGGGCUCCACCGCGCGCCCCGCGGCCCCCAGGGCUCCGCGACACUCGGACGGGACGUUCACCAGUGAGCUCAGCCGCCUGCGGGACAGCGCGCGGUUGCAGCGGCUGCUGCAGGGCCUGGUGGGGAAGCGCAGCGAGCAGGACACCGAGAACCGCACCUCCUGGUUUCAACCCACAGAGGGCCAGCUGUGCCUGCUGUGGUCAGACGAGCCAGCCCUGCAGGCCUGGAUGCCACCCAGAGCCCCUCUGCAUCAGGGCUGGUCUCCCUGGCUGCCUAGUGUGGCUAGGCCUGGUCACAGUUCCAGAGGCGGCUGAAACCACCCAGUGGUCCAGAUGAGGACAGAGGAGGACCAGAGAGGACCCUGGGGCUGGGAGGGGCUG